AUGAACGCGGGACAAAAUCCUGAAAAUAGACAGCUGACAAUCCAAGGCUUGUUGCCGCUCAGAGUGAAUUCUGCUACUGUGCCAUUGCCAAGUAGCUUACUAAAAAAGUUUAUAUCUGAAGUGCUGGUUUUUUUCAGUGCUCAACGGUCACAGAAUCAUCAUCCACUUCUUUCCGCCAGUCCUAGUUCGCACAGGUAAGUUCUGAGUUGACUGGUUUAAACGAUCUAGUAUUGAAUCUUCUGGGCGAGAAAGAAAAAGGACCCGAUGAGUAGCGAAAAGAGAAUGUAGUGAGUCAGAGGGACGCCACCGUUUCGCAACCUAACGUUCCGAAACCGCGACAUCUCGAAACUCACGCGAACUUUAACAGUGCAAUUUAUCGCUAAUCAGUUUACAAUAGUUGCGAAAUGUCGGGGUUCCGAAGUGUCUAAAGUGAGAAGUGUCCGCAGAAUAAAACAAUAUCAGUUCUACAAAAAUGCUGAUGUUCAGAACCUCCGCCAGCACCACCACCACGACCACCGGUUUCGGUCAUCGUUCCCAAUCCCCAGUAUCGACCAGAGUUGGCUUCUGAAAGAGAAGACGAAAGGGAGGACGAGAUUAUCGACGUGAUCAACGAUUAA